UGUCUCUCCAAGGAGAAAGAUGGACCAUCUCCAAUUCUUGAAAUGCACCCUUUCACCUAACCUGCACAAUCAAACCCCAUCCCUUCUCUCUCCACUCAAUAAAAUCCCCUCCCCAUGUCCCCUCUCAUGCACUUUUAACAGAACUCUUCUGCAUCAUCAUUUCAGAGCAAUUAGUAAGACCACAAGCUAGCUGGUCAAAGCUACAGUCCACACAAAAAUGACAAUGCAGCUUCUCUCCCCAUUCCCCUUCCUAUUGCUCCUCCUACAUUUCACGACAACCCUUGCACAGCCUUCAGCACAGUCUCCUGCACUGCCAGGCCCUGUUAACCUCACUUCAAUCCUCGACAAGGCUGGUCAAUACACUACAUUUAUCAAGUUUUUGAAGAGUACCCAAGUGGGUGAUCAGAUCAAAAACCAGCUCAACAACUCAAACCAGGGUCUCACGGUAUUUGCACCAGCUGAUAAUGCCUUCUCGAGCCUCAAGCCUGGGAUUCUGAACUCACUCGAUGAUCAGCAAAAAGUCCAGCUUCUUCAAUUCCAUAUCCUCCCUUCAGCCCUCUCCAUCUUCCAGCUCCAAACUGCGAGCAACCCAUUGCGAACGCAGGCAGGAAGUGGUGAUAAUGGGCAGUUCCCGCUGAAUGUUACCAGUUCAGUUAAUCAGGUGAACAUAACAACAGGGGUUGUUAGUGCAACACUGGGAAACACACUCUAUACAGAUAACAAGCUUGCAGUGUACCAGGUAGACCAGGUGCUCCUUCCAAUGGCACUUUUUGGGUCACAGUCACCAGCUCCAGCACCAUCGAAGCCGAAGGGGAAAGCUUCAUCUUCAUCUUCAGUUGCUCCUUCCGGGUCUUCCAGUGAUGCUUCUGUUGAUACUUCUGCAGCAGUGGGAGUUUUCCAGAGUAAAGUUUUGAUGGGGGUUUCUAUGGGAGUUGGAAUUGCAGUUGUUGUCUGCAGCAUUUUCUCAAUGGCUCCAUGAGUUUUUAGUUUCAGUUGCUCAAUUAAUGGCGCGCGGAUCUUGUGUAUGGCAGACUAGUGCUGUAUUUUUUGGUAUUUGCUGAACUUCCUUGAAUCAAAAUAAGAUGCAAUUGUUUCAAAAACUAGGAAAAAAUAAUAUGAAUGACGCUUCUUUUGCUUGGUGUCUAGGCAGGGCUUAUGUUCCCUGGUGACUCUACUUUUGUCUCUAGAGAGCUUCCUUCUCAGAAUUUUUUUUUUAAAGGAAAAGGAUUUCAACUUGCUUGGAAUAGGGUUGUUUUAAGAAUCAAGGCAAGAUUAAUUCUUCCAUUCUUGCAAAGGAAUAUACUUUCCCAGAUUUUAUUCCCA